AUGACUGGAUAUCCAGACCAAUAUCUCGGGAAAUACAAAACCAUCUUGGCAUCAUCUCCCAUCUACAUAGGGGGACUGGUGCUCCUCGUCGCCACUGCCACACCUGCGGCGAUUCGAGCUGGCGCAUCAAUGGGCGGCCUGGUUUCGUCCAUGAUUUUGAUCGGCAUAGGAACGGGCGGUCUGAAGGCGUGUAUUGCACCAAUGUGUGGAGAACAAAACACGGAGAAAGGACAGCAUGUCGAGACUCUCGAAACAGGAGAGACCGUGUUGGUCGACCAUGAUCUGACCACGGCGAGGAUCUUCAUGUGGUAUUAUUGGGCUGCCAACGUCGGGUCUUUGUCAUCGCUCUUGACCGUGGAAAUCGAGAACCACAAGGGCUUCUGGCUUGCCUACCUAGUUCCAUUGUUAGUCUUCUUGGUUGUUCUGGCGGUUUUUGUCGGCUUCAACCACAAAAUCAAAAAGUCGAGACCCCAAGGUUCGCCCAUCUUGGACGCUACCAGGGCUCUGAUGAUCGGAUUCAAGGAGAAGUCAUUUGACAAGGCGAAGCCUUCCUCUCUGCGGGCCCGCGAGCGGCUUCAUCGCUACAAAUUUGCUCAGGAAGAGAGAUAUACCGACCUCUACGUUGAACAGGUCAAGAGUGGCUUGUUGGCGUGCAAGUAUUUUCUGUUGUUUCCCUUUUAUUUCAUCUGCUGGACUCAGAUCUUCAACAACCUGAUUUCUCAGGCUGGAUCGAUGAAGCUUGGAGGCACACCCAACGACUUGAUGCAGAACCUGGAAACGAUUUUCAUGCUCAGCUUCAUUCCGAUCCUCGAUCUUAUGAUAUAUCCUGCCCUCCGUAAGGCGGGAAUAUCAUUCAACCCUAUUCUGCGUAUCUUUGUCGGCUUCAUGUGUGCCGCACUUGGGAUGGUGUAUGCAUGUGUUCUGCAAUACUUCAUCUACCACCGUCCUGAGAAUAGCAUCCCUGUCUGGAUUCAAGCUCCAUCCUACGUCUUUGGAGCCUUAUCGGAGAUCUUUGUGAUUGUAACGGGCCUUGAGGUGGCCUUUUUGAAAGCGCCAGACAAUCUUCGAGCUUUUGUUUCAUCAAUUUUCUGGAUCACCAUAGCCCUGGGGGCGGCCAUUGGUAUUGCACUAGCUCCGGUCUCUCAAGAUCCAUACAUGGUCUGGACAUAUGCGGGUUUGGCUAUCGGAGCAUUUGUGGCGGGAUGUGUCUUCUUCGUCUGCUUCAGACACUCCAUCAGUGGCGAGGUUCCACUCACUGUAGGCCUGGAAGCUGCAGAGGAGCCUUCUUUUAACGGUCCUGGUGCCGCUGGGUCCGAUCCUCUGAGCGGCAAGGUUGCAUGA